AUGUCUCUGCGAACCACCGUCGUGGGCUUCAACCCCCGCCGUCGGGACCAACAGGCGCAGAUGUGGAUGGGCCUUUUUGAGGCCAAACACCCACUCACCGAGGAACAAUCCGAGUUCCUGCUGAAGUUGAAGUCGGCCCAUGCUUCCAAUCCCGGAUCUGCUCCGACUUCAGAGGAGCUCCGUGAAGGCUAUCUAACCCCUCCUGUCGGUCAUGACCAUGCAAAGUACAAGAAGAUCUGUCAAGCCUUCACGGACCAGACCGUUUCCCAUCGCCUGCGACUCCGAGACAGCAAAGGGAACAGUACCUUCAAUGAUUCCUGUGGCAAAGAGGAUGUCAAAAUGGCCACUAUUUCCUAUCCAGACCAGCAGUACAUCAUCAUGGCUGCUCCCAUGCAACCGGGCCCGAGGUUCCCAGUCCGGCCGUUGAUCAAUUCCCGCCUCAAAAUGAAGGGCAAGGGAAGAAUGGCCCGCCGCCUGAACUACCGAGCUAAGCCCACUCUCAUGGACAUGUUGGGCCUGAACAAGCUUGUCGCCGAGCAGAUCUUCGAGUACCUACCCUACACCAGCCGUGCGGCUCUCUUCCAGACUUGUACCGAGGCAGCCUGGAUUGUCGGCGACUACCAGGUCAUGUAUGAUUUUACGCAGGGCAACCUGUUCAACUCCGAGUACAACGACCAAGAGCUCGAGCAGCUGCAGUCCAAGGGCGAGAUCGGUGCCGAUGCUGAGUCCCGUGGUGCGCUGCAUCUGAUGGUCACCCGAACCCACCGAGACUGGCAUGUCAACAAGAAUAUCGCAUUCCGCCCCAAGGCCGACUAUUGGCGCAUGGGAACUUCGCUCUGCCGUCUCUUCCGGUCUUUCAGCCUGCAUACUCACAAUACCUACUUCCUCACGCUGGCUAACCUGGAGCAUGUGGAUGAUCGAGUGGCAGCUGGCCUGGUCAAGCUGCUGCCCAAGCUGAAGAAGCUGGAGAUUGUCAACUGCGAGAUGUUCCGUCUACACCAUGUCGCUCGCUUCCUCGACCUGAUUGCCGACCUCCAGAAGGAGCGUGGAACCUAUAUUCACAUUGACAUCGCCCCUCUGUUCGAGCGUGGCUGCAUGUGGAUGAACGACAAUUCCCAGACUUGGAACGUAAAGGGCCCCGAGACGUCCCGUAAGGGCACAUUCGGCGUCACUUGGACGGACUCGGGUGUCAAAAUCCCUACUGCCAUUGUUGGCCUUCUUUUUUAUCGUCUUCUUCCCGCCAUCUAUGGUGCUGGUCAGGAUCAUAUGAUCAUUGAUACUGCCUCUCUGCUGCGUCAGUAUCUAGAGGCUCUGCCUCUGCCAGCCUUCUGCAUCCCUUAUACGAUGGCAGCAUACGAUUUGAAGCUGGCCAUGGACGCUGAGAUCGCCGUUGAGGGAGCCCCGAUCAUAGCGGAGGCUGCCCGACAGAUGGAGGCUGUCCAACUGCAAGCUGAGAUGGCUGGUUUCAUCCAGGAUGACGAUGAUGACGAAGAAGAAGACGACGAGCCAAUCAUGCUGCCAGAGUUCAAAAGGGAGGACUGGUCCCAGGAGCUGCUCACGAGGGUGACUCACAAUGAGAUCAUCAUCAGCUUUACUCUUGCCAAGGCCAUGUACGGCGAAGACCUCUGGCUGGAGACUUUUGACCGCGGCUACCGGUCGACCAGCUUCCAGUGCAGUAUCAACAACUACGGCAUCUGGGCAGAAGUCCACGAGUGUGCGCAAUGCAAGAAGCCCACGCAGAGAAUGUUUUUCAGCGCGGGAUUCAUAUGCGAGGCCUGCCGCCUGGGCCUCUGGGUCGACCUCGAGACGGACCACAUGAAGUACCAUAAGCGCAAGGCUGUGGACGCGCUGGGCUUCACUUGGACUGAGGCGCAUGGCUACAGCGGCGUGGCGGAGUCCAAUCUCCCCAAGGAGAAGGACUUUGUCGCGAUCGACGCCGAGGGCAGGACCGCCCCUCUCAUCCAUACCAAGCUUGACUUCGUGAAGCGCGUGGUCGACCUACCCAAGGGCCCGAUGCACGAGUUCUGCGACGUCGUCGACAAGAUGUCGCACACGGAGACCAAGCUCGGCCCUAUCGGCCAUGUCGGCUACGUCCAGGCCGACCACCCCGACAGCGGCUACCAGUCGGUCGCCAGCACUGUCAGGGACUCGCUGCGGUACAUGCAUUACCGAGAGUCCCUGACGUGCGAGAAACUGCGCGACAACAAUGCCUAUUUCACUGGCUGGAACCUGGACAAGGCAAACAAGGCCAUGGGUGCUACCAAAACUGCAGAUGGCAGGCUCAUCUUCUGGUGA